UUGAUGUUGUGUUGUUGUGAAGGGGAAAAAAUUUGAAUACCUCAUCGGCAUGUCGUGGAGGUUAUUUUGGUGAUUCAGUUUUAGUCGUUUAGAUUUCUGAUUUAUUAGUGACAGUUUUGGCAAUGGCACCCAAGUAUGUGCUGGUGUUCUGGACCAAGUCAAGGAAAAUCAGCGUUGUGCAUGAGAAUUCUUUCGUUAAAUCAUUCGGCGCAGAUGGAGAUGAAAUACCCAUUUGCGAGGGUACCAUUCGUAUGGUAUUAAUAGGGGACAAACGCUAUGAGGCAAGAGUACUAAGACUUUGCUCUUCCAAAAAAUAUCUAGAGUCACUAGUUGUGACCAAAGAUGGAGAAAUAUUACUGCAUGGUGCCAAACCACCAUGCAAAGACCUACUGGCACAGAAAAGCAAGCUGCAAGAUGACGACACUGAAGACCACAGUUCUGCUUCUGAUCGGAACAUUUUGAAACCUCUUCCUAGGAAUAGUGAUGAGCAGCCAGUAGGCCAGAAUGGAACUACGGACUGUACUCACGGCUGCCCAGGCUGCUGCAGUGGCACUCUACCUCCUUUUCCCACAUUACCUGACGGGUUUGUUAGUACUCUUGUCUCCCUUGCAGAGUAUUUUCAACAGUUUCAGAACACUACAUCUGAUAAAGUUGUAGUUCCGUCUGCUCCUGCCAUGUCCAAAAACCCUGACAGUUGGCAAUGGCCUUCACGUGAAAAAAUUGAACUGAAGAAAGGAGCUGGAGUAUGGAUAGAUGCUAUCAAACUGGAGAAGAUUCUUGGUCAAGCUGACAUCACCAAGAAACCACCUCAUCAAACACUUGUGAAGAGUUUAUUGUUAGACCUUUUAGGGCUUGAGAAGUAUGUUGAGACAUCUGCAGAAAAAAUAGAUCGUAGAUUAAUAUCUGCUGUUGUUGGUUUUACCAAUGACAAGUACCCAGAGUUGGCACAGCCUGUUGAACGUUAUUACCGAUGUAUAAACCUUAAUCGAGGUUACAUGCAGAAGAGAAAAAAUGAAGGAGCCUUUGGCUUUGAGGAAACUGGAGAAUCAAACAGCAGUAGGACACGGCGAUCUGAAGUUAGCCGCUCUUCAAAAAGGUUCUCUGAGGAAAUGACUAGUUCACGCCCCAAAAGAGGCAGAAAACCUAAGGAGACCCCAUCAUUUACUGAUUCUAACUCUCUUAGUAACUAUGAGGGCUCUGAUCAACUUGUCAUUCCCCUUGAAUGUGAAAGUGAUGAGGAAAUUCCAAUUUUGUCAAGUAAUGAUGUUAACAACAUUUUUGUUGUACCCAGCAGUAACUCAAACACAGAGAGUUCUCAGCCUAGUGGAACUCAGUCUAGGAAAUCUUUAGGGUCAAAUGUUGAAGUAUACGAUCUGCAUGAUGAUGGUGAAGAGACAUUCACCCGUGAAUCACCUGCAGUGAAAGUCGAGCCAGAUUUCAGUCAUUUGGAAAUUGAAGGAGCACUAGAUAUUGAUUUUUAGUUAAGAUUCUUGCUGUAUGUAAAUUAACUAGAGACUGGUUAUUUCCUCUUCAUAUCCUAUUGUGAUUUAUAGACUUAGGAAUUUUUAAAUCAUGUACCCAACAAGCUAUUUGUUUACCUAGAAUCAUGAUUAUUAUUUUUUAAGUUUUACUGUAAGUGACAUUGUACAAGAUUACACUUAUUAAAAGCAUAUUAAACAAUCGAACACAA